CACAACAAACUGUGCAUGCAGCAGACGCUUGAUGUCAAUAAUUUUUGCUCACUGACUGAUACCUGUCAAUUUCGUUGAAAGCUGGAUAAUUAUUUUUUAUCAAACAGAAAUGGGGUCAUGCAAACUUCUGGAGAAUAUGAACAUGACAUUUGGGAAGUGUGAUUUGCAGAUAUAAUAUAAAGUUUGGGAUCGUAGACGAACGAUGUACGGAAUGGGUUCCUUUGCAUAGCCUAAUUUCCGUUUAUGCAUCAGAAAAAAAUAGAAUAGAAAAGGUAAAAUGGAGACAUUUACAUUGCAUGAUUUGCUCAUAAACUCCACUAAUCUUUAUAAGAUAUUAUGCGACUUUGGAAUCAAGAAUGUCUCAGAGUGUGAUGAUGAAAGCGAGACGCCGCCGGAACCGAAAGAUUUGAACCAGACGGUCCGUAUCUUCCUCUACAGCCUCAUCUUCCUGGUCAGCGUGCUGGGUAACAGCCUGAUCAUCGCCGUGCUGGUGAGGAACCGCCACAUGCGCACUGUCACCAACCUGUUCCUGCUCUCCCUGGCCGCCAGCGACCUGAUGCUCUGCCUCUUCUGCAUGCCCUUCACCCUCAUCCCCAACCUCAUGAGGGACUUUGUGUUCGGCUCGGGCAUCUGCAAGGUGGCCAUGUACUUCAUGGGUAUCUCGGUGAGCGUCUCUACCUUCAACCUGGUGGCCAUUUCCCUGGAGCGCUACAGUGCUAUCUGCAACCCCCUGACCUCCCGUACCUGGCAAACCAAGUCCCAUGCCGCCAAGGUCAUCUCUGCCACCUGGGUGGUGAGCUUCCUGCUCAUGCUGCCCUACCCCAUCUCCAGCACCCUGGUGCCCUUCACCCGGGUCAACAACAGCACGGGCAACAUGUGCCGCCUGGUCUGGCCCAGUGAUGUCAUCCAGCAGUCCUGGUAUGUGUCCCUGCUGCUGCUCCUCUUCCUGGUCCCUGGGAUCGUGAUGAUGACAGCCUACGGGCUCAUCUCCCUUGAGCUCUACAGGGGCAUUAAGUUUGAGAUGACCAACAGGAAGUCCAGCAAAGAGAGACAGUGCAGCACGGGCAGCAUCAAACCCGGCGACAACGACGGCUGCUACCUCCAGCCCACCAAGAAGAAGAAGGGUGAGCUCGCCCACCUCCAGAGCCCUCUGUCGACCCACAGUCCUAACGUGACCAUCAAAAUCAGAGACAGCACGGGCAGCGCUAGCGCAAAGUCCACGCUGAGCCGUGUGUGCAGCAACAGCUCCACCUCUAACCUGAUGGCUAAGAAGCGUGUGAUCCGCAUGCUCCUGGUCAUCGUCUGUCUCUUCUUCCUCUGCUGGACACCCGUGUUCGCCGUUAAUGCCUGGAGGGCCUUCGACCGCCGCUCUGCCGACAAGCUCCUCUCGGGGGCGCCGAUAUCCUUCAUCCACCUGUUGUCGUACACCUCGGCUUGUGCCAACCCAAUUAUAUACUGCUUCAUGAAUAAGCGUUUCCGCCAAGGGAUUCUGUCCACCUUCACAUGCUGUAGCUUCCCCAAAGGUGGUGGGGUUGGGAGGGGGGCUGGGAGUAGGAUGGGGACGGGGACGGGGAGAGGGGGAGGAAGAGGAGGGAUGAGGAGCAGAGAGGAGAAUGGGCACACGCCAUUGAGUGGUAACAGCACGCGCUUCACGUACAGUAGUAUCCGUGGCUCCGCUCAGGCUUAGCUUCCUUUGCCACCAUCGACCAAUCAGAAGUAGGUAGUGGUCAUGAAGGCGGGGUGGCCUGUCCAAAGUGUGCCCCCCACCCACUGUACGUUGAGCUUUUGGUCUCUGAUGAGGUCAUGCCUUCUUUCCACUUCAAAGUCCCCGUGCCUGUGAGAGUGGACAUGUACACUGAGUAUACAAAACAUUAGGAACACCUGCUCUUUCCAUGACAUAGACUGAUCAGGUGAA